AUGAAUGAUCCUGAACCCCUCACUGGUGUGAAUAAACCCAUGUCCAUGACUAGCUUGUAUCUUGACUCCGUCUACAUUGAACCUAAUGUUGGUAGAAUGAAGAGUGCUCCGCUGCAACAAAUUUUGUUGAAAAUGUUGAAGCUUUUGGAACCAGUUUUAGGGAUUGACCCCAAGACAAAUGUUACGCCGGAUGUCUCUAUAUCCUUGGCCCAACCGGAUAACAAUUAUGAGAACACCAGAAAUGAUCUUGAUGUGCAUGCUCCUACUCUCUCUCUCUCUCUCUCUCUUGAGAAAUAUCAAGACAAAGAAAGGCCAGAAUAUAUUCUUAAUGAGUUGGGGAACAAAGAUAAAAACUCUAUUGAUCAACCCAAUGACAUUGUUAAUAUUGAGGAAUUGGACUCUGAUUAUGUUCCUAUUGGGAAAAGAUUGUCUCCUGGCAUAGCUAAACGGUUGAAGAAUAAGAAGGGUCAAGUUGUUUGGUCUUCCAGCACUCCCUCCAAAUCUUUCAGGAAGAAGGCUAAUGUUGGUCCCACUAAAAGAUUGAGUAAGGUGGUUACUCCUACACCUAAGAAGAAGUCUCUGAAAAGGAAGGAAGUUCCUGCUGAAUCUAGUGAAUCUGAUCAGGAUAUCGAACAUAAUGUUCAUGACAUCAUCUCCACUUUUAGAAAGCAAGCCUCUGGGAAGAAGAUUCCAGCCAACAUUCUUGAAUUACCACUUAACAACAUCUCUUUCCACUAUGUGGAAAAUGUUGAAAAAUGGAAAUAUGUUUAUCAAAGAAGGUUAGCAUUGGAAAUGGAAUUUAGGAAGGAUGAUUUUGAAUGUAAAGAGGUGCUGAGUCUCAUUCAAGAAGCCGAUCUGAGGAAAACUGUAACAGGUUUUGGGAAGUGCUAUGAGAUGCUGGUCAAAGAAUUUAUAGUGAACAUCUCCAAAGAAUGUGACAACAAAAAAAGCAAGGAAUUCAAAAAAUUGUAUGUCAGAGGAAGAUGUGUUGAUUUUUCUCCUGAAAUAAUCAACAGGUUCUUGGGAAGAGAUGAAGAAGAACAAGCUAAAAUUGAAGUUUCAGACAAUGUCAUCUACAAAGAGAUCACAGAUAAGCAAGUAAAAGAAUGGCCAAGGAAAAGAAAAUUAUCUGCUAGUGCCUUGAGUGUCAAGUAUGAUGUUCUCCAUAUAAUUGGAGCUUCUAAUUGGGUGCCUACAAAUCACACCUCCAAUAUAGCUGUUGGGCUAGGUAAGUUCAUCUACAUUGCUGGGACCAAGUCAAAUUUUAAUUUUGGGGCUUAUCUUUUUGAUCAGACUAUGAAACAUGAUUCAUCUUAUACUGCAAAAAUGCCAAUAGCUUUUACCUCUUUGAUUUGUGGAGUUAUCAUGAGUCAACACCCUAACAUAUUGAUCUAUUUUGACAGUACUAUAAAAAGGGACCCUCCUCUCUCAUUGCAGUAUAGACUAUUCACGGGGAAACAUGCUCUCUCUGAAGAGGAGGGCGGUGAGAAAGCUGACGGAACUUAUGAGGAAGAGGAUAAUAAAGACAUAAUUGUUACUAGUGAUGAGGAAGAGACUAGAAGUGAUGAAGAUUAA